CUCUCAUUCCUCCUUCCCCAAAUCAAAAGAUUCUAGAGAUUUGGAGUAAUUAAGAAGACGAAAUGGCAGGCAGUUGGAAAUUGGUGUUGGCGCUGUGCUUAAUCGCACUCCCCCUGGCAAUCGCCGGCGGAGGCGCGGCGGCGACGGGAUGGGUGAUGCCAGCGGUGAGAUCGGGGUGCAGGGGAAGGGUGGCGGAGUGUGUGGUAAACGAGGAGGAUGAAUUCGAGCUGGAUUCGGAAUCGAGCAGGCGCAUCCUCCGAGCCACGCGCUACAUCAGCUACGAUGCGCUGCGGAGGAACAGUAUCCCGUGCUCGCGGCGCGGCGCGUCGUACUACAACUGCCGCCCGGGCGCUCAGGCCAAUCCCUACACUCGCGGCUGCAGCGCCAUCACUCGCUGCAGGAGCUGAACGGAUUCGUAAUUCUUCCUUGGAAAAUACUACUCCUACUAUUCUUUCUUUUAAUUUUUCCUUGGGAGGGAGGGGUGUUUCAUGUUUGGUAUACUAAAAUGAAUGAAUUAUUGAAUAUACACUGUGUGAUAUACAGUUAUUCUUAAGAUUCUUUUAUUUGUUGCUUCCUCAAAUUUGUUAAUUUUCAGAUUCAGUAUGGAAUUUUAUACCAAACCGAUAAUGUCGAUCAAUAAACUCGAAUUCAAUUUUUA